AUGUCGACUGCCUACGAUUCCAAGCAUGGAGGCGAGACGCCGGCCGCCAAUGCAGCAGCUCCUCAACCAUUGCGUCUUGUAACUUACAUAUGCGGAGAAUGCAGAGCUGAAAAUGAAAUCCGACCCCGUGAACUGGUCAGAUGUUUGGAGUGCGGUCAUCGCGUCCUAUACAAAAAACGGUCCAAAAGAAUGAGCGUCUUCGAGGCAAGGUGA